GUUAACAUGACGUAAUGCGGAGUUCAGGAGGCCGACGGUCCGGUGGUGGGAACGGUCUUUCAGUCUUGAGGUGCACGCAGUCCCGAACCGUGGGCACCGCGAUGCAGCGGGCUCUCAGCGCUUGGCGAGGAUGCUGUGAUCGUACAAACGCGGCCGCUGCAGCUCGAGCAUCGCACGCGGUGGCGUGUCUGGGAUCGGUUGCAUUCAGGCGCGGCGGCUUCGUGCGGUGGCUUAUGGGAAGUCAGUUCAGGCGUCCACCUGCAGCGUUUAUUACUCCGCCGUUGAUGUCCGUUUCCUUGUUGACGACAGUGUCUCAGUCGUCGUUAGAACCAGACAGGGAACCGGUGCCGGUACCGAUGCUCACUUAGAAAGCGAGCAUUGACUUCCAGACGUUCUCAGAGCCGGUGGUCGUCGCUUCUCUGUGCGGGACACACCUGGAGGAGUCACCUGUCGUCCCGCCUCGGCCUCAUGACAUCGCACCGAACCGAGACAUAAACUCCGACGGAAUAAACGGACCCACAGACACCAUGGAUUCAUUGCAUUCAGGAGAGAAGUUCAGUCCGAAACAGAACCACGAAUGUGAGGAGACGUUCCUUCCAGCCUCAGACCCCAAGCAUCUGGAGAAGAAGCCGGGCCGCAGGAAGCACCUGGGGAUCGUAGUGGGCCUGCUGGUUCUGGCAGCGGGUCUGGGUCUGCUCAUCGGACUGCUGGUCUGGCACUUCCACUUUCGCAGUGAGUUGCGAGUCAGGCGCGUUUACGUGGGGGCUCUGGGAAUCCGUGAGCUCCGUUUCCAGCCGGCGUUUGAAGACUCCAGCAGCUCCCAGUUCAGUAACCUGGCUCUUGUGGUCGGGCAGCAGCUCAGUCAGCUUUACUCCAAGAAGUCGGUGCUGGCCCAGUUCUUCAAAGGCUCCACAGUCCAGGCCUUCAGUGAGGACGAUGGAGGCGGCAGCGGCGUGGUGGCGUACUACCAGUCUGAGUUCAGCGUCCCCGUCGCUCAGCAGGAGGCGCUGGACCAAGCCAUCGAUUCUCUGGAGUCGUCCACAGAAAGCCUGAAGGCAGGGAAGGGGCGAACGCUGGGCAGACGCCUCGGCGCCGGCAGCGUGGUCUCAGCUGUAGAUUCACGAAUGACACGGAAAUCAUUAGUCAGGACGUCCUCCAGCCUCCGCGCCAGCGAGGCAGGGACGCUCCAGUCUCCGGGCUUUCCAGACACCCCGUACCCCCCCAACAGCUACCUGGAGUGGAGGCUGCGGGCCGACCCCGGCCACCGGGUCCAGCUGGACUUCCACACCCUGAUCCUGGAGGACGACUGUCAGCAAGACUUCAUCAAAGUCUACGACUCUCUGGCGCCUAUCGAGCAGCGAGCGCUGACAGAACAGUGUGGAUAUCCUCACAGCUCAUUGUCCUUUCUGUCCUCUGGAAGUGUCAUGUUGUUGACGCUGGUCACUAGUGACAAGAAGAACUUCCCUGGUUUCAGGGCCAACUACUCCCAGAUCCCUCUGACCGAGCUCAAUUGUGGAGGGACGCUCACUGCAGACAGAGGCUUCAUCUCCUCACCUUACUUCCCAGUCUCCUAUCCCCCAAGCACCACCUGCACCUGGACCAUCGAGGUCUCUGAGGAAAAGUUCGUAAAAGUUAACUUCAACAAGUUUGUGGUUGGAAAGGAAAGCGCUCAGUGUCCUAAUGACUACGUGGAGGUCAACGAGCAGAGACUCUGUGGCAGCACCCUGAGAAGCAAAGUGAUCACCUCCCACAGCAACAAGAUGACCGUCACCUUUCAGUCCGACUCGUCCUACGUUGACCAGGGUUUUAUGGCCGAGUACGAAGCCUUCGUCCCGACCAAUCCUUGUCCAGGAAGGUUUCAGUGCAGCAACAACCUGUGUCUCAACAACGACCUGCACUGCGACGGCUGGAACGACUGUGGAGAUGGAAGUGACGAGUUCAACUGCACGUGUGGAGCUUCUCAGCUGAGGUGCAGGAACGGUCACUGCAAACCAAGGUUCUGGCAAUGCAACGGCAUCGACGACUGUGGCGACAACACUGACGAGGAGAACUGUGGAAACUGCAAACCUGGAGAGUUUCCCUGCAGAAACGGUCGCUGUGUCUCCAAGACGUUGAAGUGCGAUGGACAAGACAACUGCUGGGAUGGAUCAGAUGAGUCUAAAUGUGACCGAUCUCUGGUGCUGCAGCAGUGCACUGACUUCACCUUCCGCUGCCGGGACGGACGCUGCAUCAGCAAGCUGAACCCAGAGUGUGACGGACAGAUGGACUGCGAGGACGGCUCCGAUGAGAACAACUGCAGAUGUGGGCUGACGCCGUACCGCAGCUCUCGCAUCGUGGGAGGCCAAGCAUCGCAGGAAGGCGAGUGGCCCUGGCAGGUCAGCCUCCACAUCCGGGGCACGGGACACGUGUGUGGGGCGUCUGUGCUGAGCGAGCGCUGGCUGCUGACCGCCGCCCACUGCGUCCACGACACCAGCGCUAACAAGUACUCGCAGGCCGACCUGUGGCAGGCCUUCCUGGGCCUGCACACACAGGGUCAGACCAACGAGUGGACGGUGCGUAGGAACAUCAAGAGGAUCAUCCGCCACCAGGACUACGACCCGGUCACCUAUGACCACGAUGUUGCCCUGAUGGAGCUGGACUCUGACGUCAGCCUCAACCAGUACAUCUGGCCCAUCUGUCUGCCCUCCGCCACCUACGACUUCCCCGCAGGCCAAGAUGCGUGGAUCACUGGCUGGGGAGCCAUCAGAGAAGGAGGCUCUGCUGCCACUGUCCUGCAGAAGGCAGAGGUUCGGAUCAUCAACAGCACCGUGUGCAACAGUCUGCUGAGUGACGAAAUCACAGACAACAUGCUGUGUGCCGGAGUCCUGAAAGGAGGUGUGGACGCGUGUCAGGGAGAUUCCGGGGGACCCCUGUCCGUCAGCACCGCCGGGCGGGCCUUCCUGGCCGGUGUUGUGAGCUGGGGCGAUGGCUGUGGGCGGCGGAACAGACCUGGCGUCUACACCAGAAUCACCAAAUACCGCGGCUGGAUUCAAGAACAGAGCGGAGUGUAGCUGCAGGCUCCGCCUCCCAGAGGCUCAGACGCCGGAAUCAUCCACAUAAUCUGCUUUGGUGAUUGAUCAGAGUCAACGAUGCUGAACUGUCCCAGCCUGAAACGUCAGCUGAUGUCAUUCUUAUUUUUUAGACAGAGAUGUUUUAUUCACAUUUCUAAACAAAGAGUUUCUCAUGUCUUGUAAGUUGUGCCAAGCUUCAGGGAUUCAAGAUGGGUUGAUGUAAAAAUCAGUCUUCAUUCAUUCAGUUUGUACUCUCAUCUUAUUUCUUGUUGAAUCUGUUUGACUUUGAUUUGCAUCCUGUAACCAGCUGAAUUUCAUAUCUUUAACAUUAAUCACAUUUAUGUAAAAUCA